AUGGAAGAAGAAUUAGGGGAGUGGCUGAUGAUGGCCAUGUGGUAUUUCGGCCUCGCGCUCACCUACGGUUCCCUGGUGGUCACGGUAAUCUUACUAAUCUCCGAGGUGCUGGCCGGCCUCCAACGCUGGCGCAACAAGCUCGCCGGCGAGCGCCUGCUGGAGAGCAUACCCGGCGUCCCGUACCACCCGCUGCCCGAGGGGUCGCCGCCGUCGUGCGUGAUCUGCAUUGAGGAGUACGAGCGCGGAGAGAGGUGCUUCGUCAUGCCGGGAUGCGCUCACAUGUUCCACAGAGAAUGCGUGCGCAAGUGGCUGCGUCAAGGCAACCCCACCUGCCCAAUCUGUAGAGCAACACUACUAGUCGCGCCAGCAGCAGCAGCAGAAGAACGUGUUAGCACGGUAGAGAACAUGGUGUAG